AUGAAGUUCCUCACUGUCGCCACCGUCGCCGCCCUCCUCACUGCCGUCCAGUGCGCUCCAGCCGCUGCUCCAGCCGCCGCUCCAGCUCCAGCCGCCGCCCCAGUUCCUUGGUUCUGGGACAAGCCAUGGGACCAUGCCAGGUGCAACAAGUCUACCCACAAGGUCUAUCCAGAAAACCCAAUGUUGAACGACUUCUGCCGCUCAAACUGCAAUAACUGUGUUUCGAUGAAAGUGGAUUGCAAGAGAAAGUUGACCCAGAUCUGCGAGAUCUAA